GUAAAUGACAACUAUCAGAAUAAAUGGAAACAGAAAAUCGGUAUAAAUAGGGUGAUAAAGUAGUCCAGGGGAUCCACUGGAUACAAGAAGAAAAUCUUUCAGAAUGCAUUUCAGCAAGAUCUUGGCCAUACUAUCAGUUCUGGUCGUCUGUACCUGGGCUUCCAGUUUCUUUGAUGAAGAGUGGCAUACUUGGAAGUUGAAAUAUGGCAAAACAUAUGUCUCUGGGGAGGAAGAGGCGUCACGGAGGAAAGCUUGGGAAGACAACUGGCACAUGGUCCAGAAACAUAAUGCACUGGCUGACCAAGGCCUCAGUACCUUCACAAUGGCAAUGAAUCAUUUUGCAGAUCUGACAAGCGAAAAAGUGAAGUCAAGAAGCUGCCUGUUUCCUACAGAACACCCAGAGAAUCUUCCAAAACAGACAUAUAGCUCACAUAGUAACCUACCUGAGAAUGUUGACUGGAGAGAAUCGAAAUGUGUGACUCCUGCUAAACAACAAGGCAUCUGUGGGUCCUGCUGGGCUUUUGCUACGGUGGGUGCUGUUGAAUCACGGUUAUGUUUAAAGAGCAAGGAACUUGUGAAGCUCAGUGAGCAGCAGCUGGUAGACUGUGACUCUGAAGAUGGUGGAUGCUGUGGAGGGUUUCCAAUCGCUGCACUUUUGUAUGCAGAGAUGAACGGCAUCAUGAAGGCUGAAGAUUAUGAAUACACAGGAAAGAAAAUGGCCUGCUCCUAUAAUUCUGAUAAAGCAGUAUUUCUGAAUGCAAGCAAAUCCUAUGUUAUGACUGGAGAAGAGAACAUGGCAUCUUCAGUAGCACAUGAAGGUCCAAUUACUGUUGGAUUUGGAGUGGACCUAGAAUUCAUGUUAUUUCAUAAAGGUGUUUAUGAUGGAUCAUGUGCUCCAAGUAUGAAUCACGCAAUAAUUAUUGUGGGUUAUGGGACAGAAGCUGAUGAUGAAAAUGGUAGCCAGGACUACUGGAUAAUAAAGAACAGCUGGGGAGAGGAGUGGGCAGACCAAGGAUUUGGAAAAAUCAAACGCAACGUCAAUAUGUGCAGCAUAUCAGAGAUGGCAGCCACGAUUGAUAUUCUCGGGUGAAUGUUUAUUAUCAGGACAUAUUCAAGUUAUGAUUGUCAUAAAAAUGAUGUAAACCUUCUCAAUGACAAUGUAAAACGUGGACUCUGUAUAUAAUGUUGGUGCCUUUCCAAAGUUCAUUAAAUGAUUUUAAGCAA